GUACACUACAGACAGGCCCUUCGUGGCCACGAUUCAACACUGUCAUUUAAAAUCACACCGAAAUUCAGAAUCAGAAAGAUAAAAACGCAGUAAACGAAACGUGAAACGUGUUUUUUUCCUUUCUUCUCUCUCUCUCUCUCUCUCUCUUCAAUUUCCAUAAUGAUAAACUUAACCAGGUUCACUCGCUGACGUCAACAACCUAUCUUGAUCUACAAAAAAAAGUGUAAGGCUGGAAGAGAGAUGUUGAUUGACAGCCGCGUGAACCAAUGAGAGCGUGUGUAGUAGCGGCUCUUUAAAGCGUCCGCUAAUAGGCAUCGCUGUAGGGAGGGGCGAGGUUGUUGGGCGUCGAGGAGAAGUUUGGUUGACAAACCGUAACCAGCAGAAGACUGUCUAAACAAGUUUAGCACUAGUUUUGUUUCGGAGAGAAAAAAAAAGAAUAACAAGGAAAGAGACUUGAACCAGGAAGCCGGUGAAAAUGGCCGGAGAGCGCACGUACAGCGCGCACGACUCCGGUGAUGACACCUUGUGUCCCAGGGAGCGACAUGAGCAUUUCCCUGCCUAUCUCAGUGGCGCCUCCUCUUCCUCAUCCACCACUUUGUCGCCCUUCUUCGAGAACAUCGGCGGAUUUCUGUACCGUAAAAAGUUGGAAAAAGGCUUUUUGCAGUACCGCGAGGUCCUGGACGAAGACAAGCGGCUCCACUCCAUCCGGGCUUUCCACGCGGGGACGACCGGGCGUCCUCACCACACCCUGGAAGACACGUACCGGCUAGUGGCAGAACACUACUGGUGGGAAGGAAUGUACUUUCAGGUCAGAGAAUUUGUUCAAGGCUGUGAGGAAUGUCACCUAAGGCAGGCUAAAAAAGCAGAGUACUCGAACUUGAGGAACAUAUCUAAGAUGGUGAAAUCACAUAGUCAUGAAGUUCUGAGCAAUCUGAAUAACCAACGAACGGCUGGACUGUUCUGUGACAUCACACUGAAAACUGGUAGUGGCCACUUGUUUGUUGCCCACAAGGCAGUGUUGGCAGCCGUGAGCGAGUAUUUCCAGGAACUCUUUACUGAAAUGGACUCUGCCUCUGAACCCCAGCCACAUGUUGACCUCACAGGUUUCAGUGAGGAGAGCUUGCUUGCUUUGCUUGAGUUUUCCUAUACAUCCACCCUGACACUGAACUUGGGCACACUGACUGAGGUAGCAGCAAUGGCUCGCCACCUCCGCAUGUGGCCUGCUCUGGAGGCCUGUUCAGCUCUACAGAGUGAGCAAGAGGCUGGCCAGCAAUCCUCCAAACCGCUAAAUAUAGGAAUGCCAUCUGUAAUGCCUGGGAUUUCCUCUCUGAACACCUUGAGAAACCAAAGCUCUCCCUCAGGAAGGACAGCAGCGUUUAAAAUAAAAAGGGAGAAGGGACAAGGUGGAUCCUCAGAGCCUUCGCAGAAUAGCACAUUGCACAGCAGAGUACACAUAGUAGAGGGGACUGAUGAAUCUGACCGAGAAUGCAAUGAUCAAACGAUACCUGCCCAGUGCCAAAGCCAGGCCCUUUCCAGUUUCCAGACAGAGGAUAAUGGCUUUCCAUGCAGCCCAACUCGCAGGAUGAAACUAAUGGACUUCAAAUCUCCAUCCAGCAAGAGGAAAUUGUCCCCUCGCCCCUUAUCAUCAGUCAUCCCAACAUCUCCCUCUACUUCCACUCGGUCCUCCUCUCCAUCCCGCAGGCUGCUUCGCUCCACACCAGGAGCUGCACUAGCGCUGCGUAGGCUCCUGCCCAAAAUUGACCUCACUUCCAAGAGGAAGAGGAAGUCCUCCUCAUAUCAACGGAUAUACAGGGUAAAGACUGAUUUCUCUGCAGAAGCAUCCCGGUCUCUGCCGAGUUCAGUCAUCCCAGUGAAGGUGAAACAGGAGGCAGAGGAGCAAGAAGUGUGCAGUGCAAUCCCACAGGAUGAAGUGCACAGUCCGCGUGCUCAGGAGAAAUAUCGACUACUUAGUUUCCUUGGCUUACAGAGGAAGUCUCUAGUGCCUGGCCCAGAAGAGCUCACUGGGUGGGGACAAAAAAAGAGACUUAGGAAGUCGAAAGUGAGUGACUACUCUCUCACUGCCCGACGCAAACCCCGCACACAAAGUCUAGGGGGAAUUGGGUCUGGCCUGGGAGGUUUAAUAGGAGUCAGCUCCACAAUGUCCCUUUGUGACAUGACCAGAAUGGAUCUACUGAAAAAAGUGAUUAAAGUAGAACCCCAUAUCACCAUGGAUAAAAAAAUCAAAAGUAAAAACACCACAGCUGGUCAAAUUGGACAUCUGAGUGUUAGGACCACACGCAGUCAAUCAAUGAAGGUAGAAUCAGUAGCGUCUUAUACUGAACGUCCCUUAAGAAACCAUUCUACCAGCCCAAACAAACAGUUACCUCGACCUCCAGGCAGAGAAAGGGUUAAAGUACAAGGAGCCCACACCCAUCCAAAGAAAGCUACACCAAGGACAAAACAGGAACCCCAAGAGUAUGCCAUCUCACACACUGCCCCCUCCCGCGGAGGUACACGGCACAGUAAGUUACCCACAGUAGCUCCUUCUAAAGCCAGAGUAUCAGCCCCUAAGGGUGGUCCACCCGUAGAUCGCUCGCUUAGAAUCACUACCACAGAAUCAAAGCGUAUGUUGCGCUACAACAUUGGACGUUCCACCACAGACAAACGCAAAAGUCAAAACAAGUCAGUCCAAAUAAAGACCAAACAGACAAGAGAAGUGUGUAAAUCAAACAGCAUCAGAGAGAACAAAAAGAACAUGGCACCCAGAAAGAGAACAGAAGAUAAGGUGGGAGAUCUUGCGGGUACACAAGGUUGGGAUUUUUCCAAUGCCAACCACCAGCACUAUAAUAAUCCUUUGUAUAAGGUUAUAAAAGAAGAGCCAGCAGACCCUCUGCCCCUGACCCAGCCUUUCCUAAAUAGUGAUGCUUCUGACUUGGGUAAACGUCAGAGCAAACCACCUGUGAAACUCUUAGACCAAGGUUUUCUCUUCGGGCUUUGCCGACCAUCAGGUGGAAUCAAGAGAGAGGAGGAGAGUGUGGACAUCUGUUUGACUCGCUCUGUCUCCCACAGUAGUGCUUCCCAUAGCAACACAUCACCUGGCAUUGUCAAAAGAGAUCGGAUUAGAGCAAGGAUUACGUCAGAGGGAUCCGGGCUAAAUGGACCUCACUGGGCUGGGCUUGGCAACAGGUCAACUUCCUCUUCUCAAAGGGUGCUUGUCCGAGUGAAGAAGGAAGAGGAAAAGAUAGACGUAUCCCAGCAGUCAAAAGCUAAUAGAAGUUUAUUACUGCCAACAGACAGCAAAGGGAGCUGUAAGGUUAAGAAAGAGCCACCAAAGACAAAGAAUGUAAACAAGCUGUAUCCUGUGAGCAGUCGGCACACCGUUAUGCUGGAGUCCAUCCGACGUGCACGCAUCAACCAACAAAAGGGUUCCCGUGGUCAGUCCUCUGGCAGUGCCCAUGUGUGCCUACAGUGUAGAGCGUCUUACAAAGACUGUGAUGGACUCAUCAUGCACCGAAUCAGGCACAUUGAAGGGAAACACUGGCCAUGUCCUUUGUGCAGUAAGACGUUCUUCAGGCAGAAAAAUGUAAGAAACCACAUAAGGACACACAAUCCUAAACUCUACAAAUGCCGGCAGUGCAUUGCUUCCUCUUAAGGUGAAGAACACUGGGACAAAACAGUGAAACGUUUUUUUUUUUUUUUUUUUUUUUUUUUUUUUUUUUUUUUUCUUUCCUUAAACUUUUUUUUUUUUUUUUAAUAUAAACUGUAAAUACCUGAAUGUGUUACAUGAGAAUGAAGUUCAGUCUAUAGAUGUAAUUAUGGUUAUUGGUAUUCUGUGAUUCUUUUUUCUUUUUUCUCCCCCCCCCCCUCACCCCCCGUACAAUAAUUGUAAUUGUUAUUUAAAUAACUAAACUAAAGAUGUUUUGCUGUUUAGUUAGAUGGGGAACUUGAACCAUUGAUGUUUCUCUCAGGGGAUGGAGCCUGGUGGUAAUGGCAAUAUUUGUAAAUGAGGAUUGUGUAGAAUGCUUUAAGAAGAUUACUACUAUUGUAAUUACUGCAAUUAUGUUAUUGUUAUUACAGUUAUUUUUUAUAAAUAGUAUAAUCUUGAGUGCACUUAAAAAGGUAGCUUUGUUUUGAAACCUAAGAAUACUUACCAAGUGGUCAGGUGAGAGUUCUGGGAUCUACUUGAAUGGUGGCUGAGGUGGAGGCUUUUGAUCUGCGCUUUGUUCACGAUAAUUUGAGAAUGAUCAAUAAGACAAAAUAAGACCGAGGAGCAUAGCGGCACUGAAUCAUUCUCGAAAUGAAAAGGGGUGGUUGGAUGAAAUAAGAUUUACUGCUAUUGACUAGAUGAAAAUGCCUUUCUUUGCUUAUAUUUGCCAUCUUAAUCUUUGUUGAAGGGCAGAUUUCGUAUCUCUGAUUUAAAAUAAGGGAAUCCCAACAGGUCUAAAUGUGACUUUUUACAAUGUCGGAUACGUUUUCCGUAUAUUGCUCUUUUGGAAAUUAAUUUUUAUCGAGGCAAUGGAAUACCUUCUCAGAUUGAGAGGUUUUUUCGUUUUUUUUUUUUUUUUUAAAGAUCCAAAGCUUCCACAGGAUUUAAUGCAGUGAAGUUGUAUGAAGUUUUAAAUGUAGUGAUUUUAGUCUGAAACCACAGAUGCUUUCAAACUGUAAAAAGACCAAUAUCAAGAUAAAUAAAUUUUGAAUUUUACUCUGCAAUCGUGUGGCAAUAUUGUCAUACCACUAAACACAGUGAUGAUGGGUUUCGAAUUAAUAUACAAAGCACAAAAGAAAAUUGGGUCUCUACUUUUUGUGAUCUGAAAAUAUUUUUUAUUUCAGUCUAGUCUGUGGCAUCUUCUGUAAGUACUUCGCAUUGAUGGGAUCAUAUCAGGAUGUUACUAUAAGAUGUAAGGCAUCAGUGUAUCAGCACAGCCCACUGUCAGCUUUUCUUUAACAAUCUUUAACAGUUUUAGUAAUUUUUUUUUUUUUUAAAUAAAUAAAUAUGCAUGACCCUAAUUGUGGUAAACAUGAAAAUCCACUGUAGUUGUUUUGUGUACUAUUGUGCAUUUAAACAAAAAUUCUGAUGUGGCCUCCAAAAAAAGUCAAUUAUUUUCUCUUCUACAAUAAAAUGUGUACAGAAAUCUC